AUGUUAGAGAUUAUAGAUGGAAAGGAUCUUUUGAAUGAAAGAACAAAAACAGAGCUCCGAUAUCUAAAAAAGGCAUGUUUACAAGGAAUGAUUGUGAAUCUUUUUAGUUUCUACUUAAACACCUUGCCUUACACAGAGACGAAUCCAGAGUCUUGGAGGCUGGCUUGCCAAACUAUUGUUGGAAAUAAAGAGAACUCUGGCAAGAGAUCCAUCGCCGCCUCUUUUGCAACUAGUUCAACGGAAUCUGCUCCGGCGGCACCCGAAAAGCCCCAAAUUGAGCUCGAAUUUAUAGGGCCAAAACCUGGAGCAGAUGGGAAGUACCCGGUGGAGAUAGCCACGGCAGUAAGCGGACAGAAGCUUCUUCGGAGCAUCAUGUCGGAUAACAAUAUCGAGCUCUAUGCCGCUCUUUCGCAAACUUCCUUUUUCUACUCUACGCAUGCUGAUGGGAACGGCGACGUUUCAGUCCAGUUGAUAGAUUCAGAGAUAAUAGAUGGAAAGGAUCUUUUGAAUGAAAGAACAAAAACAGAGCUCCGAUAUCUAAAAAAGGCAUGUUUACAAGGAAUGAUUGUGAAUCUUUUUAGUUUCUACUUAAACACCUUGCCUUACACAGAGACGAUUAUAGAUGGAAAGGAUCUUUUGAAUGAAAGAACAAAAACAGAGCUCCGAUAUCUAAAAAAGGCAUGUUUACAAGGAAUGAUUGUGAAUCUUUUUAGUUUCUACUUAAACACCUUGCCUUACACAGAGACGAAUCCAGAGUCUUGGAGGCUGGCUUGCCAAACUAUUGUUGGAAAUAAAGAGAACUCUGGCAAGGGUUUGGUAAACACCUAUGACAAGGAUGAGAAUAAGGAAGGAGAUAGAAUGCGUCAGAAACUAAUUGGCAAUGGCUGA